AUGAAGCAAAGAAAGAACCUUUUUGCUGACAUUAAUUCAGCAGCCGUAAGGAAUAGGAGGACCCCAAAUCGUCACAGUAUUUCCGUUGAGGACGAUGACAAUGAAGAUAAAGUCCACAUCUCAAACUCGAGAUCUUCGCUGCGGAAAGUGUUCUGGUUUUGUUUGGUUUUCAGAUUGAUGAAUGCCUUACUGGUGCAGACAUAUUUCAACCCAGAUGAACAUUGGCAAGCUCUUGAAGUUGCUCAUAGGAUCACUUUCGGGUAUGGCCAUUUGACAUGGGAAUGGAAUAGAGGAAUAAGAAGCUACCUGCAUCCAGUAAUCUUUGCCCUGCUUUAUAAAGUUCUAGCCAUUUUUCAUCUCGAUACCCCUUUGUUCAUGGCUAAAGCUCCUCGAAUACUGCAGUCAAUAUUUUCUGCAGUAGGCGACAUUUACUUGUACAAGCUGUCUGAGAUUGUUUUUGGUGAACCUGUUGCAAAGUGGGCACUCUUUGCACAGUUGUCAAACUGGUUCAUGUUUUUUUGUAUCACACGUACAUUCUCUAAUAACAUGGAGACCGUUCUUACUUUGGCUAGCCUGUAUUACUGGCCGUGCAUAAGAGGUUCAUCUACUAAAAGCCCUGUGACAUCAAGAAGCUGGGCAUUGGCUUUAGCAGCAUUAGCAUGUGCCCUUCGGCCUACAAGUGCUAUUAUAUGGCUUUAUGUUGGCGUUUUGGAGCUUCUCUUGACACGCCAUAGAGUAAAGCUUAUUUUUUUUGAGGUGGUUCCUAUUGGGGGUUUGGUGCUUGGUAUCACUCUUCUAUUGGAUCGUCUGAUGUAUGGCUCUUGGGUUUUCGUUCCUGUUAAUUUUCUUAAGUUUAAUUUCCUUUCCUCCGGGGGAGACUACUAUGGAACUCAUCCAUGGCACUGGUACUUCACUCAGGGAUUUACGGUCAUGCUUUCGACAUUCCUACCAUUUAUGGUAGCUGGCAUUGUCAUGUCCAAGAAAUGGAAGUUAUCUGGACUUAUUGCUUGGGUAUUAGGAAUCUACAGUUUACUUGGUCACAAAGAGUUCAGGUUCGUCCUGCCUGUGCUUCCAAUAGCCUUGAUGUUCUCCGGGUACGCCCUAGCCAAAUUGGGACGGAUUGGUCACUCAAAUGGCCGGAAUAAAACUCCUAGGACCAGCUCCCCCUUAAAGAAACAACUAGCUGUGGCGUUGAUUCUUGCUACCAACAUUCCAAUGGCUCUUUACAUGAGUAUGGUUCAUCAGCGAGGAACGGAGGAUGUCAUGUACUAUCUAGCAAACAACAUUGUUGAUGGAAAAGUGAAAAGCAUCCUUUUUCUCACCCCUUGCCAUGCUACACCAUACUACUCAACCCUACAUCAUGAGAUACCUAUGCGGUUCUUAGAUUGUACUCCUAGCGAGGAAAAGGGAAUUCAAGAUGAGUCAGACAAGUUCCUGAUGGAUCCAGUUGGUUUCACUACGGAAUUCUCAAAGAAUUGGUCGAUACCCAGUCACAUCGUAUUGUUUGAUUCACAGGAAAAGUUACUGAAAGAUUUUCUUGUUUCACAUAAUUUUCAUGAGGUGAAAAGAUUCUUCCAUGCUCAUUUCAACGUUGACCGAGAACUUCAAGCAUCGAUUGUUCUAUAUGCUUUGAAUGGCCUAUGA